CUUCAUUCCAGUAAAGUCCGACAUCUUGUUYCACAACUUUGUAGUGUUUGGCGCCUUUCUCGAGUUCUAACCGAAUUUUAACAGACUAUUUAUCAAUGAAAAUGCCAAGAAAUCACAGGAGAAGGCGCUCGUUGUAUUCUCGAGAGGACAGUUUUUCUAGCUAUUACGCUAGGCGUCCUCUCGAUGAAAGAUACGAUCGAAAUUAUUCACCUUUGAAGGCUCCACUAAGCGAAAAGCGGCAUGUAAGACGGCACAGAAGUCGCAGUCGGGAUAGAAAACGACAUUAUUACCGUGAUAGGAGUAAUAGUAGUAGUAGAAGAUCCGACAAACGACGAUACAAAURUCGUGAAGACAGCGUUGAUGGGCUGAGCUCACGUACGAAGAGGAGUAAUGAAGAAGCUGACGGGACAAGAACUGCAAGUCCUCUAGACGACAAGGAAGGCCAUCUGAUCUAUCACAAAGGAGACGUCCUUCACUCAAGAUAUGAAGUUAGCUGUUUAUUAGGUGAGGGGACGUUUGGCAAAGUGCUUGAGUGCUAUGACAAAAAAACUACAGAUGUUGUAGCUGUAAAAGUCAUCAAGAAUAUUGAGAAAUACAGGGAAGCUGCAAAACUGGAAAUUAAGGUUUUAGAAAAACUCAAUGAAAAAGGAAGAUACACAAAAAGCUUGUGUAUUAAGAUGCUGGAUUGGUUCAAUUAUCAUGGUCACAUGUGUAUUGUCUUUGAGAAAAUGGGACUCAGUGUUUUUGAUUUCAUGAAGGACAACAGCUAUGACCCUUAUCCUCUUGAACAAGUACAACAUAUGGCAUAUCAGCUGUUAGUUGCAGUGCAAUUUCUUCAUGAUAUGAAGCUAACACAUACAGAUUUAAAACCAGAGAACAUGUUAUUUGUAGACUCAGAAUGUGAUAUUUACUACAACAAAGAAGAGAAAAAGGACGAACGGUAUUUAAGGAAUUCAAGCAUUCGGCUGAUUGACUUUGGUUCUGCAACAUUUGAACAUGAACAUCAUAGUACAACAGUAUCAACACGACAUUACAGAGCACCUGAAGUUAUCUUAGAAAUUGGCUGGUCAUACCCAUGUGACAUGUGGAGUGUUGGUUGUAUUUUAUUUGAACUUUAUUCUGGUUUUACUCUUUUCCAGACUCAUGAAAAUAAAGAACACCUUGCAAUGAUGGAGAGAAUACUGGGUAAAAUCCCAUCUAAAAUUAUCAAAAAAUCAAGGAAAACUAAAUACUUCUACAAGGGAAGGCUAGACUGGGAUGAUAGAUCUUCAGCCGGAAAAUAUGUUCGUGAGAAUUGCAAACCACUCAAGAGAUACAUGCUACAAGAUGAUGAACAGCACGAGUUGUUUUUCAAUUUACUGGAUCACAUGUUGGAGUACGAACCUGACAAGAGACUGACAGCUGCUGAAGCACUGGAACAUCCAUUCAUCCAAUCACUGUUCUGUAAAGAGGGUCGACACUCGCACAGUAAAAGUAGAUAGCAAAGAACGUCCUAUCAUUCCAUUCCUGGAUUUCAAUGAAUCCUGGAGUUUGUUCCCUGUGUGGAUGGCUCCACCCAGUAUAGCCCAAUAUACCCCAUCACGCCAUGCUGUCAUUCUGGCCUUUUAAUCGUCGCACCCUGCACGCUUACUAUCACUAUUCCACUACUAUGAAGGCAUAAUCUACCCUAUUACGAAGAAAUAAAUCGUUAUUAUUGAUAUACAUGCUGAUAUUCUGUAACAGAACGCAUAUAAGAAUAUUAAGAUUAAAUUAACUGUUAUUAUUAAUUGACAAUUGGAAGAUCGAUAGAAUUACCAACCACGUAAAAGUGAAACGUAUUUAUAUAAGGCACAUUAAUUAUAGUCGAGGCGUGACUUACUCACGAUUAUAGCCAAUAGUUACUACUGAGUACAGUCCAUAAAUAAUUAUAAUAACAUACCGUGAUGUGCAUCUGGUUAUUACAUAACAGAUCACUAAAUGAACUCGUAAAUUAUUUUGCUAAUCACUUGUCGCCACAGGUGACAUCUUGUUUGUCAUGUAGCUUAGAGCCGUGCAAGUACUUCUAGCUCUUCCGCCAAAAAGCCAUCCAUUAAGUAUUUAUCCAUUGAUAUUAGAUUAUAAGAGAACAAGUAGAUUGAAGUUAACAACAGACAAAUGCAAUCUAGACAACAUGGCACGUACUGAAUUUGUCUGAGAUCCAUUCUAUUUAACUCGCUAUAUCCGUGAAGCAUAUCAAAGCAAUAAGAUUGUUUAGUCAACUAUAGCAUGGCCAUAUCGCUUAUUAUAAAUCAGUAUUUUUAUUCCUAAAUAAUUUUAUAAUACUUAUUUAUGAGAAAUAUAUUGUACAUAUAUAAACAAUGUCAUUAAACAUAAAUCAAGCGAA